CAUUCAACUAUGAAAGGCUCAGGGUAAAUGAAAAUAAAAAUGACGUUUCCGGACAGUUUUGCUUUGUUAUCGUCCAGAAUAAUUACUACAUUUUUAACGAGGAGAAAUUUUUUGUGUUCAAGUGCAGGCAGAUUUCACAUGGAUAUUAAAGAUGAAGCCAGAUCGACCAUGGAAGUUGUUAAUAUUCCCCCAAUCAUUUCAAUUUACCGGCAAGCGUUGCACACUUUUGAUGGUAAAUUUAAAAAGGACCUCUCUACCAACUUAGGAAAAUUAAAGGGUAUGAUGGAUCGAUUAAAAGCUGAAAACUUUAGCUUCGAUCAUACUCUAGAUGAUCCAGCCACUUGGAAAAAACCGAAUAAAGCGCCGUGUACGUACAUCGAAGUGUUUCAAAACAGCUUAGUAAACAUGAGUAUAUUUGUACUAAAACCUGGAUUUAGGAUGCCAUUACACGAUCACCCUCACAUGUACGGGCUGUUGAAAGUAAUUUCGGGAGCGGUACGCAUACGAAGCUUCACUGAAUAUCCAGUAACAGAAUCAAUAAACGCCAUUGACUUCGCCAUCCGCGUAAAACACGAAGCAGCGCGCUUAACUCAGGGUAUUCAUAAACGGAGAAGGUUCUUUGCUAAAAUAUCACAAGAUAAUGUAUGCCACGAAAAUUCUGAUACCUGUGUCCUAACUCCAACAAUUUCUAACUAUCAUGAAAUUGAGGCAUUAAAUAUGCCAGCGGCUUUCUUUGAUAUCUUGUCGCCGCCCUACGAUACAUUAAUAGAGGAAGUAGGUCCUAGAAGGUGUAGAUAUUAUUAUGUAGCCAAUGAAAUAAGCACCAAUGUUGUCGAAUUACAAGAAACGAGUGUUCCAGAAUGUUUUUAUUGUGAUCAAGCUCCGUAUUUGGGUCCAGUGCUCGUAUAAGUAUAUAUAUAUGCCUGAUGUCAUGUUUAUUUUUUGCACUGUUAGAGAAUAUUUUUUAGAGUUACCAAAAUGGGGUUGCUCUGUGAUCUCUUUGUAACUUACUUAGUGCAAAUUACUUUUGUGCCUUUAAUGUGAACAUCGACAAUGAAAUUGUAUAGUUCACUUAGUAUAGUGUUAUCGGUUGCACAUGUCUCAUGUUUAUAUAUUAAUAUCAUAACCGUUAUCAAAAAAUACGUAUAAUUUACAGUAUUUUUAUCAAGCUUGAUACAUAAUAAAUCUAUUUGAAAAUCUAACGGCACGUUUAAAGUAAAUUUUUCAUAUGUUUGAGAACAAAUAUAUUUUGUAUGUCCAUGAUUUCAGAGAUUAUCUUGUUAAUAUAAAAGGCAACAGACAAUUAAUAAAUUUUAUUCAAUAGUUCAAAUUAAAAUAACUGUUAUAUAUAAUGUUCAUUUACAACAUAGUCUUUUAAAUCAUUAGCUUAUAAGAGGUCCAUCGUGCACGGAUUUACGUAAAAUAUAAAGUAAGCAAUAAAAAUAGUAGAUGUAUUUCCAUUAUAUUCAAAUUCAUUGCUUCAUUCACUAAAUCACUCGUCUAGAAAUGUUAGAAGCUUACGAGUUAGCAUCACACAUGCUUUACAUUCCAACAGGUAAAUAUAUACAUUUAAAUUACAAAAUCUUUAAAUAAAGAAUUUUUUUUUUUUACGAUUAGGGUGUUGAUAUAAAAAAAAAUUCAAAAUUAUAUACAUAUAUUUACAAUCGUGUGUUUUGAAUUUAUGUACGGUGCUCUGUUUAUCACGUUUCAUGUAAAUUUAUAUAUAUGUAAUCGGUGACCUGAUGUUUACAAAUAUGAAAAUUAAGUCAUUUAAGGUUUUACAUUAUAUACGUAGAUAAAAAAAAAUAUGCAAGUAUUUUGUUUUGUACCUUAUAUAAGAUAUAUUUUGUAGAUGUAAGUUUGUUCUGAAAUCUAGUAUUAAAGUAUUUUUUUUUUUUGUUAAUAAACUGAACGGCUUGUUGAAGUUAUAUUUUUUAUGACCCCACUGAAGUGCUGACACUAAUAUUUGUUCUUGAGCUAACCACAAACAAUCUAUUAUCUAUAACAUUUAAGGGAUAUGACAAUAAUGAAACGGAAAGUAAAUUUCGAAAAUUUAUUAUAUAUAUAACAUUACAGCUUCAAAUGAACACAAGACUUGCACACGAAAUACAAUAUAUUAGAAUAAUUAUAAUUACAACAUCUCAAAUGUGCUUCACAACACAAACAAUUAAGGCAGACAUUUUAAUACAACACGAAGAUCGUUACCAGAAGUUAUCAAAGUUAUCUGUAUGACAUUUUAUAAUGUUAACAUCAAAAUAAUGAAGGGAACUAAUAUGUUUCAUGUAUUUAGAACAUUAAUGUUAUACGAGUUUUUAAUUAAAACGAACCGAUAUAUCAUUGUUAGAUGAUACAAUUGAAUAUUAUGAACGGCGUCAAUUUACUUUAAACAAUUCCGAUGACUCGAAACGCAACAUAGUUAUACAGAAUUUAAGUUCUAAAUCAAUCGUAGUAAUAAAA